GAUUUUAUUUAUCUGUAUGCUCUAACUUUGGAAUAAAAUACUUUGUAAAUAGAACGGGGUUACACAAACUAUGACUCGUAGGUGUACUAACCACUAGAGGGCGGGGUAUUCAAAAGCUUCGUUCAGUCGAUCGAUGCUACGUCACGUUUGACCGGUUGUAACUUGUAGUGUAUUUGAAUCUACAGUGAAGACACGUUCGAUUUUUAGACAUUUAAUUCCGAAAUCAUUUUGAGUAUAUGAAGCUAAAACUCUGAUCGUACAAUAAGACCCUCUUACUGGUAGAAACACGUGCUGUGCUAAGUUAAGGAUUAUGAGUGGUGAGAUACGAGGGGUUUAGAAGGAGAUUAUUAAUGGAUGGUAGACAUUUGUGAGGUAUGUGUUUAUGUAUACGUUAAUGCUGCAGUAAAAACAAGAACUUAUAAGGUCAGCGACGAAGUUAACCAACGUUUCGGCCACACUGGAUCCUCCGAACUUCGUCCAUGUCAAGGGUAAGUUGCCUAAUAAAAAGAUGCGAAAACGUAAAGAGCUGGACGCCUUAGUGCCGAACGGUAAGCUUGGGAAGCGAGCCAAUCAAACGUCUUCUUCGCGUUCAGCUUCGGCGCACGAGCUUCUAGGCAAUUUUUCCGAUACAUCUGACAUCGAAGACUUUUCUGUACAGAAGUCCAAAAGGCACGUAGGUCGGAAAGGAAGCAAUGGUGCUGCCUGUCUCCCGUUGUGUCUGUUUGUGCUGGUAUCCUUAUCUAUAAUAGCAGGCGGUACCUUAGCUUGGUUACAUCUUGGAAUUCGUCAGGAUUUAGAUCUACUCCGAAACCAUCUUCAGAAAGUCGAAGCAGGUAACAAAAAUACCCCAGAUGCUUUGCAUUCCAUCCAUUCUCAACUUAGAGGUCUAGAGAAUAAUGUGUCGACACUGGUGGCCAACCUCAAGAAAAUAGUCAGUGAAGUGUCGACACUAGGAACAGAGAUAGAAAAACUCGAACAAACAACCAAAACCUUAAAAGAUAGCAUAGUGGCAGCACCAGAGAUCAAAGAGUUGCCUAAAGAUGUUUCAUCACUUUCAGAGAACGUGGCCAGUUUUGGGAGUAAAAUUGCAGCUAUGGAAACUACAGUGUCAGAUUUGAAGAAUCAGCAGUCUUUUCUUCAGGUUUCUCAAGAAGAACUUACACAAGCUGUAACUAAUAUUGAGGUAGAAGUACAUGAAUUAUCAAAUACAACUGAAUAUCUGUCCAACCCAACUGCUCAAAUCCAGAUAACACAACUUUCAGAGGUACAGCUGGCUUUACGUGAUGAACUCUUGAGAGUGACUGAAGCUGUGUGUGAUUUGAAUGAAACAGUGUUACCCGUAAUCUGGAAGAUACAUCAUAACAUGUACCCUCUUAUAAACAAAAGUGCAACUUGCAGAUUAGAAGAUCUCAAUCUUGUAACUACUAAAAUCAUCACCAUCUACUCACAGUCUCAAAUAAUGGAACUCUAUCAUAACAUCACCAGUCAUCUGCAAACCUUAGCACCUAAAAAGAACACAUUAAAAGGGAAGAAGGAACAGCUGGAACUACAGCAAAACGAUCUUCAGCAAAUGGUGGACAACUCUGUCAAUAAUGCACUGAGGAACAAGCUGAAUGAUCUUCUAACUGCUGGAGUUGUGACCAGCACGGAUGUCACUUGGCCAGAAAUGUUGAAGAAAGCUCAAGACAUGGUUCACUUGUAUUCGGAGCUGAUUUAUCAGCUAAAUGGGUCACUAAAUACAGAAUACAUAAUCCAAGAUGGCAGUGGUGAAGCAGCUGUGGGUCAGUUGCUUAAUGCUACCUUGAGCAGUUUGAUAAAAGAUUAUGAAGAUGAAUUGAAGACCAUGCAAGAAAAUGUACACCAUCUGUUAGUUCAAUAUUCCCAGUUGCAAUCUGCCCAGGCAGCUACGGAAUACAAAUCAGAUACAGCUUUGAGCAAGCUUUACUACUUGGAAAAACUAAUUAAAAAGUCUCUGAAUCCAUCAUUAAAUCAAGACCUUGAUGAAGAAGAAUCUUAAGACAAUCCAAAUCCAGGAAUAACAACAACAUCAGGCUGAACAGAGACAUCCAUCCACCCGUAUAGUAGACUAGUCGUACAUCUGCUGUUCUGAAAAGCUGGAAGACAUUUUUGUAACAGAAAAACUAUGAGAAGUUGUUUCAUUAUAUGUUUAGUAUAAAUCAGAUUCCUGUAAGAGAAAUGGUGCAUGGGAAACAUUAAUAAUUCAUAUAUCGAGUAACCAUGACAGAAUAGAAAAAUAUGUGAAACCUUAACUAUUUAUAGAUGAUGAAGGUAACUGUUACAAUACCAAAUCUAAAGUAUAUUACUCUGUUAUUUUGAAGGUUAUUGUUUUCUGGAAAGAUGAAAGUUGUUUUUUGAUAGAUUGUUUAGGCAGAGUAUUCAUGAUGAAACUUUGUAGAAUGGACGACAACUGCCUGUUGUAGAGGAUGAAGUUUUGAAAGUCUUCUGCCUUUCGUCUUCAGGUCAGUGUGUGUAAGGUGUUGUUGGUCUUUAUAGUAUUCUGGUGGAUUGUGGAGAGCAUGUUGUGAUUGGUUUUUGUUUCUCAUUGGUUGGUUGCUGUUUGUUUUUUACAGCAACCUACCAAUGAGAAACACAAAAACGUCAUUUAUGAAAUUCUAUGUUCCUACAAUGAAACAUACAUUGGAGAAAUGUAAAGAAGACUCGUGACAAGAAUA